GGUAACAAACCAUUUUCUUGGCGGAAGUGAAGCUGCCUGUCGAUCGAGAGACGAGGGUUUUGAGCGAGGAAGAAAGCCAGGGGUUGGUCUCUUUGGGGCCGAGAAAGAGAGACGAUAGGGUUUGGGAGAUCGAGGGAGCGAUGCCGUACCUGGUCCGGGAUCGCCUCUUCUUCGGCGACAUCAAGGCCGCCGCCGAGGUGCUCAAGAAGGGGAGCGCGGAAAUCACACACGUCCUUUCGCUGCUCAGCUCCGCGUCCAUAUCCUUCUUCUCCGGAUGGAGAGCCGAUAUGUGCAUCCCGGCCGAGGAAAUCAAGAAGGUGUUCGUCGGCGCCGAGGGCUCCCCGAGGAAGUCGCUGGCGCCGGAGAAGCUCCUGUACUCGCUCGAGCACGCUGGGCCGGAGUUGAAGCUGGUGAGGAUGGCGGUUCCGCUAAAGGACACGGAGGACGAGGACCUGUUGGAUUACCUCGAUGCGUGCUUGGAUUUCAUCGAUCAGGGCAGGAAGGAGGGGUCCGUGUUGGUGCAUUGCUUCGCCGGCGUGUCGAGAAGUGCUGCUGUGAUAACUGCAUAUCUUAUGAGAACAGAACAGAAAUCCAUGGAAGAUGCACUUGAAUCCUUGCAUGAAGUUUGUGACCUGGUUUGUCCAAAUGAUGGUUUUCUGGAUCAGUUAAGUUUAUUUGAAGAAAUGGGUUUCAAAGUAGAUACUGAGAGCCCCAUUUACAAGCGCUUCCGUUUGAAAAUAUUGGGUCAUUCUUACAAACAAGGGGAGAAAAUAGACAGUUUCGUAUUUGGUGCUGAUCCUGGUUUGCCGCCGUCAGAGUUCAACCCUUCUGAGGAGGCCCUCGAGGGAAAUCAACGUAGCACAGCCUACCGCUGCAAGAAAUGCCGGAGGAUUGUUGCAUUGAAAGAGAAUGUUGUCAGCCAUGUGGCCGGUGAGGGGGAGACGUGCUUCGAGUGGCAAAAGCGAAAAGCCAGUAACCGGGCUAAUAAUAGAUUUCAGGAGCAACAGUGUUCAUCCUUGUUUGUUGAACCCUUGAAGUGGAUGACAUCAGUGGAAGAAGGUGCACUGGAAGGAAAGCUAUCAUGCGUGCAUUGUGAGGCACGCCUCGGAUACUUCAACUGGUCCGGCAUCCAAUGCAGUUGUGGUAGUUGGAUCACCCCUGCCUUCCAGAUUCAUAAGAGCAAAGUUGAUAUUAGCACGGUGUAGUUGGUGCUUUGCUUCUCGAGGCACUUACUCUCCUCGGUACUGCACGAAUUACUUGUACCCUUGUAAAUGAAUGGAGCAUUGUUUUCAUGUGAGCUGGUCGUUUGUUGUUGAUUGGUGUAUAGGAAAAAAAAUGACUUACAGAGAAUAUAUAUAUAUUGUA